UUGCUGGCAACACAUGUUUGAGGUUGUCGGAUAUAUAACUAGUUAUUUGCUUUGAUGGCACAAUGUCAUGUUUAAUCAACAUUAGAAUUUUGCUUUGCUUGUAAAUAAUAUAAUCGAAUUCUGCUCUUAUCUCUGUUUGAGAAUUUUGUUAAAAAAAAGUGAUGUAAUUAGUUUGUGUAUAUAAAUAACUUCGCCGUAAUUUUAUUGAUGAACAUGUAAAUUUGUUAGAUACAUUAUACAUGGCUUAAAUGUUGUAGGACCGUGCUUGUGAAUUUCUAGGGUUCCAUGCCUCUUUGCAUUUGCAUUUUUCAUUUUCUUACAUUUUAAGAUUGGUUUAUUUGUUUUUCUUUAUUUAAACUUGGAUGAUAUUGGGGUUUCACAAAUUACAAUUAUGGCAUGGUGUUUUGAGAUUAAAUAUCCUUUGGGAACCAAAUGGAGAAUUUGCUUCUGUCUCUCAUUGUUGUUCUGUGAUUUUUUGAGGCAAGAAAGAAAAAUCAACUCAGGAUGUAAAAACAUCCGUGUCUAUCAUCAACGGAACAAAACACAGCCUGUAAGAGAUGCAAUAGGAAGUGUUUUUUCAUCAUUUCCAUUUAAUUGGAGCAAUGUUCCCCGGCGAUUGCGAACAAAGCGGAAGAGAAAAUUUUAUGGCAAGGAAGCAGUUUCUAGACCCAAGGAAAAGCUAGACAGUGGAGUCUUCGAUGCUUACUUGAAGAAAAUAUGGAAGAGUUUCCCAGAAGAUAGGAAGAAGACCUUCACAUACUUUGACAGCUUAUGGUUUAGCCUUUACAGGACUGCAUCUAAAGACAAGGUGCUGUCUUGGAUUAAAAAAGAACAUAUUUUCUCAAAGGCGUAUGUUUUUAUUCCUAUAGUCUGCUGGGGUCAUUGGAGCCUUUUGAUCCUGUGCCAUUUUGGUGAGAGCUUGCAAUCAACUACUAGAUCACGGUGCAUGUUGUUGCUGGAUUCUCUUGAAAUGGCCAAUCCAAGGCGACUUGAACCAGAGAUUAGAAGAUUUGUAGUAGACAUUUUUAAAACAGGAGACAGGCCUGAGACUAAGCCUCUUGUAUCUCAAAUUCCAUUAUUGGUGCCCAAGGUGCCACAACAAAGAGAUGGUAAUGAAUGUGGACUUUUCGUCCUCUAUUUCAUUAAUUUGUUUUUGACACUUGCGCCUAUGAAUUUUAGCAUGAAGGGGUACCCUUACUUUAUGAAAAAAGAUUGGUUUACCGCCAAAGGCUUGGAUGAGUUUUAUGAGAGACUUGAUUCACAGAAUUAGAUGUCCCCAAAUUUGACUAGACUAGUGACUAGAUCUGACAUACUUUAUUGUUGAUUGAUUUAGGGGGGAUUUAUUCAUAUUGAUCUAAUUGUUUUGUCUACUAGAGGGAAUACUCCCUUCUAUGCAUGUAGUUAUACUUGUUAUAUUCUG